UGAUCCAACACAGGCAGGGCCAUCUGGGAAACCAAAGAUGAAAAAUGCAAUUCUGGAAGUACUGCAAAUCUCUGAUUUCCCAUCAGAAUGUUUUACCUGAGUACCUCUGAAAAUGAACAAAAGAACAUUUUUGUGGUAUGAUUCCAAGUGCCUAUCUUCCUGAUAGGUACAGCAACGUGACGAAUCAUGACAGUUAGGUUUAAUCCUGGCCUCAACCUGAAACCUGAAAAAUUUUUAGAAGAAAUUAGACCCUGGCACUAAAGAAUUUGAGUUUGGGCUCCCCACAGUACUGAAAAGUUGGCAUACACAGUUGUAUGACUAUGACAAGCUUUGUAGACCAUUCAGGACACAGAAACAAAACACAGCUUCCGAAUAAAACCAAAGAAACCCAGAUGGCCUGUCUGUCCCAUCCCCUGCAACUAAAUGUGAUUUGGUGCAUCAAGGACUUUAAAACUUUCAAGCAAUUCCAACUUUUGGAAUCUUGAAUGGAGCUUUCCACCUUCAGUGACUCAACCUUAUCCUUUUUGGACUUAACCCUCUGUGGAAAUCAUAUUUGGAGUAAAGUUCUUAGAUAUAUUCACAUGCUUUCUUAUCUGGGCCGACUAUGUUGAAUCAUAAAAUCCUAAUAGAUCACAUUUUACAUUAUUUUGAUUGAUCAAUUGUUCAAAUUCCACAUGUCACUGGCCUCAAUAUUUUUGGAGCUUAUGGUUUCAAAACAUUGUGGUUGCAGUUGACAUCAUUGGUUUUCUACACAGCUGUUGAAUUAUUUGCAUUAACAAAUAUGCCGAUUUCUGACGUUUCUAGUGAUCUUAUUGUUGAAGUAGGAGCAGUAACUUUUCCAAUUCACAAGUUCCCUCUGGUUUCUCGGAGUGGAAAGAUUCGGAAACUUUUGUUGGAAGCAAAGGAUUCCAAAGUUUCAAGGAUAAAUCUUCCAUCUGUUCCAGGUGGAUCAGAGGCAUUUGAGCUAGCUGCAAAAUUUUGUUAUGGUGUGAACAUAGAGAUCACACUAUCAAAUGUCGCCAUGCUACGAUGUGCAGCUCAUUACCUGGAAAUGACAGAGGAGUUUUCUGAGAAAAACUUGGAAUACCGAACGGAAAUAUAUAUCAAGGAGAUGGUGAUCUCGAACAUCUCAAACUCCAUAUCUGUUCUUCACCACUGUGAAACUCUCCUUCCCAUAGCAGAAGAGAUCAACUUGGUCAGCAGGAUUAUCAAUGGGAUUGCAUCUAAUGCCUGUAAAGAGCAGCUAACAUCUGGCUUAUCUAAAUUAGAGCAGAACUUUGCUGCCAAACCCAUCACAAACAUAGAACCAGAGACACCAUCAGACUGGUGGGGAAAAGCACUUGCCAAGCUUAAUCUAGAUUUCUUCCAACGUGUUCUAUCUGCAGUAAAAUCGAAAGGCCUGAAACAGGAUAUGAUCAGCAAGAUCUUGAUAAACUAUGCACAUAACUCUCUUCAAGGUAUCAUAGUCAAAGACCCUCAAUUGAUUAAAGGAAGCAUACUAGAUUCAGAAUUGCAGAAGAAACAGAGAGUGAUUAUAGAAGCAAUCGUAGGUUUGCUACCAACCCAGUCAAGAAAGAGUUCAGUACCAAUGGCUUUUCUUUCCAGCCUGUUGAAAACUGCAAUAAUUGGGUCAGCUUCUACUGCUUGCAUAGCUGAUUUAGAGAGGAGGAUGGGACUACAGCUAGACCAAGCAAUUCUUGAAGAUAUCCUCAUACCAGCAAACUCACAUGGCAACAAUCAUCAUUCACUGUAUGACACAGAAACAAUAUUGAGAAUCUUCUCCAUCUUCCUGAACUUGGAUGAAGAUGAGGAGGAGGAGAACUCGAGGGACGAAAGUGAAAUGGUUUAUGACUUUGACAGCCCUAGAUCUCCUAAACAAAGCUCAAUUCUUAAGGUGUCAAAGCUUUUGGACAAUUAUCUUGCAGAAAUUGCACUAGAUCCAAACUUGAUGCCAUCAAAGUUCAUUGCUCUAGCAGAAUUACUUCCGGAUCAUGCUCGUAUCAUGAAUGAUGGGUUAUACAGAGCUGUUGAUAUCUUUCUCAAGGUUCAUCUCAACAUGAAGGAUUCUGAGCGCUACCGACUCUGCAAAACCAUUGAUUGUCAAAAAUUAUCUCAUGAAGCCUGCAGCCACGCAGCCCAGAACGAAAGGCUGCCUGUGCAAAUGGCUGUGCAAGUGCUGUAUUUUGAGCAGAUAAGGCUUCGGAAUGCAAUGAAUGGAGGUCACAAUCAAUUAUUCUUUGGUUCAACCAAUACCCAAUUCCCUCAACGUUCAAGCAGUGGUGCCGGUAGUGGGGCCAUAUCUCCAAGAGAUAACUAUGCUUCUGUGAGAAGAGAGAACAGGGAGCUAAAGCUUGAAGUAGCACGGAUGAGAAUGAGGCUAACUGAUCUGGAGAAGGACCAUGUCUCUAUGAAACAGGAGCUCAUUCGAUCAAAUCCUGCUAAUAAGAUGCUCAAAUCUCUCGCCAAAAAAUUAAGCAAGCUCAAUGCCCUAUUCCGGAUAAGAGAUGUAAAACCAAUUGGGUCCAGGGCUAAUUCAGAAGCUCGAUUUCUAUUUCAGAAGCGAAGGCGCCACUCUGUUUCAUGACCAUAUACGUCUGUAUAAAGAGUUGUAUAGAAUUUAUAUGUAAUAUUGUGAUCAUGUCUAAUCUCAGAUUGAUAGUUUUGAGAAUCAAUUCUGUGUUCAAUGUGGUAACAUUCUUGAGUAUCUGAUGAGGUUUUGUGA